UGCCCUUAACAGAAAGACUUCUUUUUGGCUUUUAUGUCCCGUGGGAUUGUAAAGCAUCUUUCUUGUUGGAUUUGGUCUCCUAUCAAAGCAUGUUUUGAGGAAUUACAGUCUUAUUCUCAUGGCUUUAUAAACCACUGGGAACUGAGGGUUUCUGCCUUCCAAACCACCUCUGUGCCCACCUGUCUGCGAUGGGGCGAGAGCAGGAGCUGAUCCAGGCCGUGAAGAACGGGGACGUACCCAGUGUGCAGAAACUGGUGGCCAAGAUCAAGGCAUCCAAGAGCAAGCUCCUGGGAUCUGCCAAGCGCCUGAAUGUGAACUACCAGGAUGCAGACGGGUUCUCGGCACUGCAUCACGCAGCCCUGGGCGGCAGCCUGGACCUCAUCUCACUGCUGCUGGAGGCACAGGCCACCGUGGACAUCAAGGACAGCAACGGGAUGCGUCCCCUGCACUAUGCAGCGUGGCAGGGGCGCGUGGAGCCUGUGCGGGUGCUGCUGCGUGCUGCUGCCUCUGUCAACAUGGCCUCGCUGGAUGGGCAGAUCCCACUGCACCUCUCAGCACAGUAUGGCCACUACGAGGUGUCAGAGAUGCUGCUCCAGCACCAGUCCAACCCCUGCAUCAUCAACAAGGCGAAGAAAACCCCCCUGGACCUGGCCUGUGAGUUUGGGCGGCUGAAGGUGGCCCAGCUGCUGCUGAACAGUCAUCUGUGUGUCGCCCUCCUGGAGGGACAGUCCAAGGAUGCCACUGACCCCAACUACACCACUCCACUGCACCUGGCAGCCAAGAACGGGCACAAGGAGAUCAUCAGGCAGCUGCUGAAGGCUGGGAUUGAGAUCAACAAGCAGACGAAGACGGGCACAGCCCUGCAUGAGGCUGCGCUCUACGGCAAGACGGAGGUGGUGCGGCUGCUGCUGGAGGGCGGUGUUGAUGUGAACAUCAGGAACACCUACAACCAGACAGCGCUGGACAUCGUGAACCAGUUCACCACCUCGCAUGCCAGCAAGGACAUCAAGCAGCUGCUAAGAGAGGCAUCAGGAAUCCUGAAGGUCCGAGCUUUGAAGGAUUUUUGGAACCUCCACGAUCCAACAGCUCUCAAUGUGCGGGCAGGAGAUGUCAUCACGGUCCUGGAGCAGCAUCCGGAUGGGCGAUGGAAGGGGCACAUCCAUGACUCCCAGAAAGGCACCGAUCGGGUUGGGUACUUCCCCCCCUCCAUCGCUGAAGUCAUCAGCAAGCGAACAGGCAUGGUUGUCCCCCGUGUGCCACCCACGCACCAGCGCCAGGGUCCCCCUGGGGCCCUCCCAGUGCCCCCCAGUGGGCUGCAGCACCUCCCCGACGAGGGUCCUCAGCAGGCAGCCCUGAGCGUCCCAGCAGCCUAUGGCCACCUCACCCUAACCCGGACGGCCCCAGGCCCUGACAGCUCAGCAGGAGACAGGAACAGUGUGGGCAGCGAGGGCAGCAUUGGCAGCAUCCGCAGCGCAGGCAGCGGCCAGAGCACCGAGGGCACCAAUGGGCAGAGCACCAGCAUCCUCAUUGAGAAUGCCAGGCCACUGCCCUCCACUGGUGAUGACCUCCAGCAACAGCAUUUGGGAUCAGAGCCACGCAAUGGGCAGGUGACCUCCACAGCAGGGCCACAGAGCCACCAGACCCCAGGCAGCUGCCCCCCUGGAGACAGGGUCUUCUCCCAACAGUUCUUGCGGCCUGAGCAGCUCCUGGAGGGGAAGGACGCAGAAGCCAUUUACAACUGGCUGAGUGAGUUCCAGCUGGAGUCGUACACUGCCAACUUCCUCAAUGCUGGUUAUGACGUGCCCACCAUCAGCCGCAUGACCCCAGAGGAUCUGACAGCCAUCGGUGUGACCAAGCCGGGCCACAGGAAAAAGAUCUCCACUGAGAUUGGGCAGCUCAGCAUCUCCGAGUGGCUGCCCAACUACAUCCCGGCUGACCUGAUGGACUGGCUCAGUGCCAUUGGGUUGCCCCAGUACCACAAAAAGCUGGUGAACAACGGCUACGACUCCAUCACCAUUGUGACGGACCUGACCUGGGAGGAUCUGCAGGAGAUUGGCAUCAACAAGCUUGGCCACCAGAAGAAGAUCAUGUUGGCCGUUAAGAAGCUCAGAGACCUCCGCAAAAGCCUCAACCAAGCAGAAGCAACUCUGGCGAGACGCAAAGUCCCCGGAGCCCUGGACAUUGUCACCAUCGAGUCGCUGGAGAACGGGGAGUGCCAGUCCCCACACACCCCCAAAAUGACAACCUUCCAGGACAGUGAGCUCAGCUACGAGCUCCAGACAGCCAUGUCCAACAGCUGCCACGAGACACUCAGCAUCAAGAGCAGCCAGGGGAUGUCACGGAGCCAGGAGAGCAUCGGGGUGCGGUCGCGGGGCUCGGGGCACUCACAGGACAAUGUGCUGUCCAGGCACCUCUCCAGCCCCUCACAGGAGAGUCUGGGCAGUGGGGAGAGCAGCAGCAGCAGUGGGCAGUCCUGUGCAGUGCCCCGCAGCAAGGAGAGUCCAGCCAGCCUGCCGGGGAGGCCCAGUCCAGAGCCCUAUGGGAAGGUCUUCUCCCCUGAGGGCCUGAAUGGCUUUGCCAACGGUGGGGGCAGCCCUCUCAAGGAGAGGAACCUGCCUGAAGGCACAGAUCAAUACACCUGGCCGGUGGCUCAGAAAGGUGCUGGGACACCAGCAGUCACCCCCUGUAGUCCUCCCCAGACCCCCAGCAAAGUGACAGCCCCAAAUGUCUUCAUGUACCCACAUGUGUCCUUGAAAUCCCCAACGGUCCCCUCUGUGCUGGGAGCAGAGCAGCCCAAGACCCUGGCACACCCAUACUCCUCCGUCUCCCCUGGACAAAAGAGCAGCCUGCAGACAUCAGCCCAGAAAGCCUUCUCCUACCUGCACAGCCAGUGUGGCCCUGCAGAGCCACCAGCCACGUCACCCACAGCAGGGGUGGCCCCCGGCACCUGGCAGGCUGGGGAGCAGCACAGUGGGGGUGAAGGCUUCAAGCACAAGAAGCGUUCGCACAGCCUGAACCGCUAUGCACUGUCAGACGGGGAGCACGAGGAGGAGGAGGGGGUGCCCACCAGCACCCUGGGCUCCUAUGCCACACUGACAAGGCGACCAGGCCGCAGCCAGAUGCCACGGACCUGUCUGCAGACGGAUGCCAAGGUGACCCGCAGCCAGUCCUUCGCCAUCCGGGCCAAGCGCAAGGGCCCUCCACCGCCGCCUCCCAAGCGCCUCAGCUCCGUCUCCAGUGCCCUCGCUGCAGAGGCAGACAGUGAGCAGCCCCCCGACCCCGAGCGGCAGCCCACAGCUCCCCAGGAUGUGGCUGAUGCAGGUGCCAGCCCUGGUGACAAUGGCCACAGCAGGACAGUGAAGAGCCUGGCAGCUGCGCUGGAGGGGUCACCGGGAGCAAGUCCACCCAAGCCCCUUCUGGCUCCAAAACCACUGCACUUGGUUCAGGACUGUGUCCCCAGAGCAGGCAUGGACAAACAGUCCUAUGAUGGUGGCGACAGCAGCAGCAGCACCACGCUUUCUGAUGCCAGCAGGGAUCCCUUCGAGAGCAGCAAGCCACGGAGGCGGACAGUGAGCGAGCCCAGCGCUCCCAUGACAGAAGUGGCCACGCAGGGCGGGAGGGAGGAUGCCUGCUCGGACACGGAGGAGGAGGCCAAGCCAGGGGUCUCCUCCUCAUCCUCCCAGAACAGCUCUAGCGAGUGCAUCCCCUUUGCAGAGGAAGGCAACUUAACUAUCAAGCAGCGGCCAAAGCCCACUGGGCACCCCAAAACCGAUACGGCCACGCCGGACACAGAGCCCAGCUCCCAGCCAGUGGAGCCCCCCUGCUCCACAGGGAAGGAGCCAGUGGCACCCACUGCCACCAAGGAGCCUCCCGUGCUGGAGUUUAACCUCACUGAGUCAGACACGGUGAAGCGCAGACCCCGCUUCAGGGAGCGAGAGCCGCUGCAGGCGGUGCUGAAGGCAUUCAGCAUGGCAGGGCAGGCGGAGGCGGUGCCCAGCCCUGUGCCCCAGUAUGCCCAGUCCCAGGCCGUGAGCAUCGCGGGCCCCACCGCACCCGCACCAGCCCCCCGGCCCGAGCUGGCUGGGGAUGCCUUUGAUGAUGACAGUGUGGAGUUCAGGAUCGCCGAGAUAGAGAAAAGCAUCUUGUCGUUGGAGAAGGGGAUCAAGAAGGCACCAAGCCCCAGCAAAGCCCCCAGCCCCACAGAGCUGCUCGGCACCACCGUGGUGAGGACGCCUGCUCCAGGUAUGUGGGUUUGUGGGGUUGCCUCUCAGGCACUGGUGGGGCCAAAGGCUCUCCCCCAUGUUGGUAUGGAGGUGAGGAGGAUGUGUGCCACCACCUGCCAUUAGUCACGGAAUCAGAGAAUCGAGUGCCUUUCCUUUGCAGAUGUCCCUGCCAAGCACACCUCUGUGGCAUCCACCAAGCUAGUCUUCUCUGGGCCCAAGACCAUCUACCAGCAAGUCCUGCAGCCCUCCCGCCACACUGUUGCUCCCUGGGCAGCCACCGAGUUGGUGCCAGAUGUGAUUGGGUCCCUGGCUGGUCCCAGCUCCCUGACACUGGAGGCAGGCAGCAAGGUGUCGGUGAAGCCUUUGGCAGCUGCCCCAGGGCCCACCCUGGCCCAGCAGCGGUUGGAGCAGAGCAACUCCACCCUGGCCACUACACUGCAGGUGGCCGAGAAGAAGAUCACAGUAGAGGAUGCAGAGAGCCACCCCGGGGCCAUGCACUCCGCCAAGAACAUCCUGGAGGACAUCAGCAACAUGUUCGACGACCUGGCUGACCAGCUGGACGCAAUGCUGGACUGAGGCUUGCUCCCUUCUUCCCCUCCCCGUGUCCAGCUGCUCCGCCAGUGUCCCUCGUGACAGGGGGAGUGUGGAUCCGGCACUGAGCGGUGCCUCCAGGUCUCUCCAGCCACCUCCCUCCCCUCACUUUGCACUGCGGCUGGGAACGCAGCUGCCCCUUGGUGCCCACCCCUGGCUCUGUCUCAUAUGUGCCAGCAUGGGUUGCUUCCCGAGGGGUCAGGCAUUUCCCACCAGACUGGCAUCAGGACGAGAGCCCAGAGAGGCUGCACAUGUGGUCCUGGAGGCCAUGGAGAAGCCCUCGCUCCCCUGCACAGAGCCGAGGAGCCUCCACAAGGGACCUUUCUCUUCCCCAGCGCAGUCCUGCCUCCUAUUAUUUAUCCCCUGCCAACAAUGUGUCAAAGGAGAGACCUCCCUGGGCAGCCGCCACUGAGCUGGCUAUUUACUGAGCAGAUCCCAGCCCCGGCAAGGCCUGACAGCAGCUAACAGAAGACAGGGCCUGUCACAAAUUGGCAGCUUGCAGGGCGAGAAGGAACCUUUCUGCUUUAUUUGUUGCUUUUCCGAACGCAUCAGCGUCAGGCAGCGUGUAAUCCAAGUGGAUCCAAAUCCCUCCGGUGGGACCCACAAAGCCCUUGAGACAGGGCUGGCACAGUCUGCAAAGCAGCAGAUGCUCUGCUAUGGACCUGCUGGACAUGGGAGUCUACCUGCCCCUUCCCAGGAGCCACGAGGAUGGUGAUGGCAGCACUGAAGGCCUGUGUGUUUGUGCCAGUCCAGCUGGAUCGUGCUGCUAACUGCUGACUGCCCUCUGCCGACACCAAGCCUAGGCACACCAGCGCUUCCAGGCUGAAGAAGCACCGUGCUUAGUGCUUUUUUUU